UGUAUAUGUGAAGUGAAAGAGCAUGUGCAGAGAGCUGUUGAUACAGAAGAUAGGGUGAGGCGAAGAAAAUGAUCCACGGUGGAUAACUCUAAAAAGAGAGGCCUAAAUAACCAUAAAAUAUUCACCCACAUAUGUUCUGUACGCUCCCUUCGUGCUUCACUUCCGCUAUCAUGUUUUUGGUAAUAUCUCUAAAAUCUGAGUCUCCUUGAACGCACCGACUGAAAUGCAUACUGAUUCCGUCAUCACGCAUACAACGUAAGCCGCUUGUCCAAUCAGGUGCGGAGAUCCCAGCUCAGGAAAGAAGCAGAUGAUAUGGCAGCUUAGAGAGCGACCAGGUGGAACUUGCUUCGUUGACGCGAUUAAAUGUUUGGCUAUGAAGAGAAUCUGACUCAGACAGACGGCAGCGGAGGCGACGGCUCAAAAUGAUUUACCUGAUACUGAUCUCUGCGUUGUGUGGCGCGGUCGUUACGCUGAUGUUACAGUUCUUGCUGAUAUACAGAAGGAACCCAGAACCCUUGGGUAGGACCGUUCAGUAUGUCAGAGUAGUGCCUGAUAACGCACUGAAAGAUUAUUUCAAUGUCCCUCACGCCGAACCGAACCAGCAAGACAGCGGGACAGCCGCUGCAUCCAAACCGCAAGAGGCCGUCCUCAGCCGGCAACAGGAAGCGGCUGUCACCGGCGGCAGCCCCAAACAACAACAGCAGCCGCCGCCGCCGCCGCCACACAGCGAACUCACAGAUGCUGGCAGGACAGAAACGUGCAAUUUCCUCAAUGCGAUAUUCUUGUUUCUGUUCAGAGAGCUUAGGGAUACCCCCGUGGUUCGGCACUGGAUGACCAAAAAGAUCAAGGUGGAGUUUGAGGAGCUGCUGCAGACCAAGACGGCGGGUCGGCUCCUGGAGGGGCUCAGUCUCCGGGACAUUUCCCUGGGGAAUUCUCUCCCGGUCUUCAAAUCAGCCAAACUCAUCAAACCGGUGCAGCUGGACGAGGACGGGAUGCCCGAGGAGCUCAACUUCGAGGUGGACAUCGAGUACAAUGGCGGCUUCCACCUGGCCAUAGACGUGGACCUGGUGUUCGGCAAGUCCGCCUACCUGUUCGUCAAGAUGAGGCGCGUGGUGGGCAGGCUGAGGUUGCAGUUCACGCGCAUGCCCUUCUCCCAUUGGUCGUUCUCGUUCCUCGACGACCCGCUGGUGGACUUCGAGGUGAAGUCCCAGUUUGAGGGAAGGCCGCUGCCUCAGCUGACCUCCUUCAUAGUGAACCAGCUGAAACGCGUCAUCAAGAAGAAGCACACCCUGCCCAACUACAAAAUCAGAUACAAGCCCUUCUUUCCCUUCCAAGUGCAGCCUCCGCUGGGCUCAGCCUGCGAUUUGGAUCUGUCAGUCCAGGACAGCAGGCUGGUGGAAGGCAAACUCAGAGUCACUCUUAUUGAAUGUAGCAGACUGUUCAUCCUGGGCUCGUACGACAGAGAAACCUACGUUCACUGCACCCUGGAGCUGAGCAGCCAGCAGUGGAAGGAGAAGCCGCGCAGCUCCAUAAAGCAGACGGAGGUUAUUAAAGGACCGUGUGGCAGUGUGGGGAUGACGUUCAGGCACAUACCUGCCUUGGAAGGUGAUGCAGUCUAUGUCAGCAUAGAAACAGUAACACCCAACUCUCCUGCAGCCCUGGCUGAUCUACAGAAGGGCGAUCGCCUCAUUGCUAUUGGAGGAGUGAAAGUGACGUCUUCAGUUCAAGUGCCCAAACUGUUGAAACAGGCAGGAGACAGGGUGGCGGUAUUAUAUGAGAGACCAGUUCGCCAUCAGCCUCCUCCUUUAGGAAACCUUGGGACUCUACAGGAGGGACUUAGUCAACUAGAGGAAACCGCCUUCACUCCCCAGCCAACAAGUUAUGAGGAGGAUCCAGCCCCCAUCACCACUCUUUCUGAUAUUUCUGACAGCAAAGACGUGGACUCUGAGUUUGAGGAGUUGCUCGUGGACAACAAAUCCAUCCAGCCUAGUGGACCUACUAUAAGUAACGCAAAUAUCAGUGAAACCAAGGAGGACUUCUUACUUGCUGUUAACCAAAGUCCUAAAAGAACAGUGGCCAACUUGGCUUCCAAGCCCCUUGGUACUAUAUCACCCAUACUGAACCGAAAGUUGAACCUUGUCGGUCUGCAGUCUCCGCUAAAGCCCCAGCCCAAAGAAUUGCCCAAACCCUCACCACAUAAAACCAUCAGUGAACCAGGUGAGAAUGUGCAUCGGCCCACUGUUCUUCCUCCACCUCCUCCCUCACGUCCCCCUGUGCCACCGAGGCCACAGAUACGGUUGACAUCUGCAUCCUCAGAAACCAGUCUUCUAGAAGGUGUUGAUUUAGGUACAAACACUCUCGUUACCACCACCAGUGCUUCUGAAAAAUCGCUAGACAAGAUUUCAGUUUGCGUAACCACUGAAGAUAAGAGUGGCACAGAGAAGACAAGCAUCAAGCAGUCUGAAGGAAAACAGUUUACAAAAGCAGCAGACGGCAGUGAUGAGAUUCUUGGUUCUUGCUCUGUUACCAGCAGCAAGGCAGAUCAAGCAAAGGACAAAGUUUCAGAAAUUACCUUUGGCACAAGAGACAGUCUAGAUGACCACUCACUCUGGGAAUCCCCAGAAACUAUAUUUAGUAAACAUACAGCAUGUUGGUCCAAGGCCUCUGUGGUGUUUGAGGUGGAGACUCACCAUAAGUAUCUCAAUGUGGCCGUGUGGUGCAAAAACCCCUUUAAGUUAGGCAGCUUGUUGUGCCUGGGUCAUGUCAGCCUCCCAUUGGAGCAUGUGGCCCUGGAAUGUAUGGCUACAUCUUCUGCAGAGUACCAGAGCAUCUUUAGGUUGGGGCCCCCAGAGCCAAAAGCGAAUGUCAGCCGCACUGCACUACGCAAUCUCAGCACACACAAGGGUUUCAAUGAAAAGCUAUGCUAUGGAGAUAUCACCUUAAACUUCAGUUACUUGGCCGAAGGUGAGAUGGAGUGUCCAGUGGGCUUGAUCGAACGGGAGCGUGAGGGAAGCCUCCAUGAUGAGGAUUGGAGAGAGAAAGAACCCACUCCCUCUGUACCACGUGAUGAUUUGGCUUAUGGCACUAUGCAGUCACAAGAAGUCCGUCACAGCUUCCACGACACGCAGUUUCAGAACCCUACUUGGUGUGAAUACUGCAAAAAGAAAGUUUGGACGAAGGCAGCCUCGCAGUGUAUAAUUUGUUCCUACGUUUGCCAUAAGAAGUGCCAGGACAAGUGCCUUGCUGAAAGUCCUCUCUGCGUGGCAACGGCUGAACGUCGUGGCGCUGAUCCUGAAGCCAAAUCCACUAUGAACCGGGCCACCGGGUUAACGCGUCACAUCAUCAACACCAGCUCGCGUCUUCUCAAUCUUCGCCAGGUACCCAAGACACGUCUCGAGCAGGUGACCGACGCGGUGCCUGGAGCUGUGGAGCCGUCACCCAAGCAGACGCCCAACACAUCUGACAAUGAGAGCAGUGACACAGAGACCUACACUAGUGGGGCAAGCCCAUCAAAGCAGCCAACCAGCAGCAGUGGCACCAGCAAACUUGUACGAAAGGAGGGCGGACUGGAUGACAGCGUCUUCAUCGCUGUAAAGGAGAUCGGCCGGGACCUGUACAGGGGCCUGCCCACAGAGGAGCGCUCACAGAAGCUGGAGCUCAUGCUGGACAAACUCCAACAAGAAAUUGACCAGGAGCUAGAGCAUAAUAAUGCUCUUAUGAUAGAAGAGAAGGAGGCCACAGAUUCCCGGCGAAAGGCCCUCAUCUGUACUGCUCUGGCUAAGUCAGGUGAGAGACUUCAGGCCCUCACUCUUCUAAUGAUCCACUACCGAGCAGGCAUAGAGGACUUGGAGUCUGUGGAGAGCAUGUCUCCUUCAGAGCAGCAAGGAUUCAAAAGCAAAGCAGAGAGUCUGGAGGAGGAAGUUCUUGUGGGACCAGAGGUGUAUGACAAUGACAUCUGCAGCCCUGUGGAGGUGCAGUUGAUGGAUGACAUCAGUGAGGAGCAGAUCUGUGUGGAGGCACUUCAUUAGUACCGAUUUGGAAAGAGAUGAAAACGUAACGUGGUUUGGGUUUGGGCUUUUCAGCAAAGCCCAAAUUUAUGAUUUUGAUACUGAGGAUUUUGUCCAGUCCGUCCUGAACACGCUGACGUUGAGGUAUUUUCCCUCUCACCUUUUUUUUUUUCUCUUUAAUGUUAAUGAAAUUACGGUUUUAAGAAUUCACUACUGACGUUUUUAUUUGUGAUCCUAUCGCAAGACCUAGGAUGUCUUUUGUUUUCAUUGUCUCCCCUUAGAUGUGCUAAGUGUUUGUCUUUCAGGUUUGUUUGAUUUUUUUUUUUUCUUUUUUACUGGAACCCUUGUAAUCUUACUUUGUUUGAAGGUCUUUGCAAAAUUUGCACAUUUCAUUUUUGAGGGUGGAGAACAGUAAACGUUUAAUGAUUGUUCACUUUGAGAAUUUUGCCUUGAGAAGCAGGCCAAUCCGAAGUACAAAUGAGGAACCCUCCAUUCGUCCAAUAACCUAUGAUUACAUUCAUCCUUCGUUCUUGUUUCGAUGAGAUUUUUCCUGAUAAAUGUGAGAAUUUUGGCAGCAGCUCAGCCUGCUGCAAAAGUUCCUUUUAAUAUUUGUUGCAACAUAUUUAUGCACUGGUACUUUUUUCCCCCUUCUUUAAAUGCUUGUAACUAAGUUUAUUUUGAAUAAUUUGUGGUACAAGAUGGUUGCUAAUUUGAAUCUAUUCCUGUGCUCAUUCUUAUUUAUUUGACUUCCAACAUCUCGUUUUGUGCAGAACACUUCUCCAUGCUAGAGUUCACUAUGACUCUUUUAUCUUAUUAUACGAACCGUUAUGGAUGUGACAGUUCACCUCAUUUCUCUGAAUAAAUGCUACAUCUGAACGCAUGUAAAUGUUAAUUUAGGCUGUUUGCUUUCAUGUAUGCAAGUGAAACUAGCUUCAUGUGGAUUACACUCUUUUUGCUUUAGGAUUCUAGCCCAGAUGAAUGUAUAUCUGUUUUGUGGGUAAUGUGUGCUUACAGCUUUGUUUCUCAACCGUCUUUAUAAAAAUAAAAUCAGCGGUGCAGCUCAUAGCAGCAAGCUACAUUUUUCUUUUUCAUAAACUCAACUCAGAUUAGUUGGUGCGCCCGUCACUGUGUGCGGCUGGAAAUGAGUCGUUCACUAUGGGAAAGAAGUGUUUCUGUUUUUGUGCUACUAAUGCAGCUCUUGUUGGGUGACCAGUAGAAACUGCAGCUUCCCAUGCCAGGUGGUAAGAUGCAUUCCCCUCUUGGAAUGAAACAAACAAUCGUUGCAAGAUGCUGAGCUAGAGGAAAAAAAAUGAAAAGGAAAAAAACAACAACUAAAACAGACGUUUGGGAACAGGCUGCUGAGUUUUAACAUUCUAUGAAAAGUAGUUGAGGGAUUUUUUUGGAGGGAAUUUUAAGGGAGGGUGAAAACUUUUCCUUCUGUGUUGGUGGAAUUAGGUUAGUGUCUCUUUAGUCACUGUGAACAAACUAAAUAUGUCCUGGUUUUGUUGGGGGGGUUUUUUUGGGUUUUCUUUUACAAAAUUAUUUGACCAAAGAUGAUGGAGUGAUAUUUGCAGCGUGAUGCCCUGCCCAUGUUAAGUUGGUCUUCUGUUGUGAGGCUGCAGACGAAACGCACCUGCAGCACAAAACCUUCUCUUUGUGCCGUUUCCAUAAAACGACUCGCUUGAUUAGAAAGUUUGUAGAACAUUGACUAACAAUUAAAUGAGCAGGUGUUGCCCAAAAUGCACAUUCAUAUCUAAGAGAGAAUUAAUAAGCCAGAGCCAUAAAAAGCAAAGUGAUUCUUUUUUCCUUUUUUUGGAUUCCUGCUUAGUGCUCCACCUCCCACCUCCUGUGCAGACAUUGUUUUUGGUUUUGGUUGCAUUGAAACUGAUGAUCAGGAGCAAGUCUCUGAUCUGUUCUUUAAACUGUGAAGUGGUGAACUCCCAAAGGAGUAGUCGACUUUAAACUGUACAUCCGUCCAUCAGCCUGUGAAGCACUGUUCUCGCUGCUGCUGCUUAUUCUUUCACAAAGAACGCUUCGACCCUCAUCGUCCCUCAGUCCCAUCAGUGGCCAUGCGACUGCCCACCACAGCUUUCAGCAGGUCAACAUGGUGUUUGUUCUUAUUUUUUUCCUGUGUAUUUUAAGGGGUGUUGUAUAAAGUUUUGGAGAAAGACUUGUAAUGAAGCUUUAUUGUACAUAGCUUAAAUAAACAGGAAUAAUUGAAUUCCAA